ACACGGGACACGCUGGGACCGACUUUUUCAAAUAACUAUGGAAGUCGUGUUUUAAUCCCAAUGAAUGACUUGCGCGGAGCCGCCUGAGGCUUCGUCUCACCCGGGCGGGCGUCCCGCACCCAGCGGAGGGAAGAUACCACUUCAAACGGUAGUGACGGGAGUUUAAAACCCGAGGCGGAAUCGCUACUUUGGACUUUUCUUUUUCUUUUUUUCCCGGGGAACGACUCAGCCCAUCCGGUCAGCGAACCUCUAACCGGUCACCGGAUCAAUAAAUGAUGAAUCAACCCGUGAUCAACGGAUGGGUACCGGCAGAGACCCGGUGCUGACUCGGCCCAGCUUAGUUUAGCUAACAGCAGCUCCGCUCGACUGCGGAUUGAAACGCUUGUUAAGAACAAGCUAGCUGCUAGCCGCGGAAGCUAACCGCUAAACGUUUUGGUGCUGCAGGGGAAUGCAGCACACCCACCUGUGACGGUGGAGGACACGGAGACUCUGAUGGAGGAGCAGGUGGAGGUGAGCAUGGAGCAUCUGCUGGAGCAGCUGCUGCAGAAGGACCUGGGGAGGAGGCUCCAGGUGGGCCAGGAGAUCACUGAGCUUAUCCUGGACCAGGUGAGGUCCCCCCACAUGGAGCAGGACCAGAGCCUGCUGGACCGGAUGGUGGACGCGGUGGCCAGCUCCUGGGUCAACUGCAGCAACUUCAAGGUGGUGCUGUUGGGGAUGGACAUCCUGUCGGCUCUGGUCAGCAGGCUGCAGGAGAGAUUCAGGACGCAGGUGGGCACCGUUCUGCCGAGCCUCAUCGACCGCUUGGGCGACUCCAAGGACCAGGUCCGAGAGCAGGACCAGGCGCUGCUGCUGAAGAUCAUGGACCAGGCCGCUAACCCUCAGUUUGUGUGGGAGCGAAUGACGGGAGGCUUCAAACACAAGAACAGCCGGAGCCGAGAGGGUCUCUGCUUGUGCCUCGUGUCCACCCUCAACGUGUUUGGAUCUCAGAGUCUGACGCUCAGUAAAAUCGUUCCUCACAUCUGUAACCUCCUGGGAGAUCCCACGAGUCAGGUGCGUGACGGAGCCAUGAGCUGCCUCGUGGAGAUUUACCGCCACGUGGGAGAGCGAGUGAGAAUGGAUUUAGGAAAGAAAGGUCUUCCUCAGUCAAGGCUGAACCAGAUCUUCAGCAGGUUCGAUGAGGUCCAGAGGUCGGGAAACAUGGUCCUGUCGCCGCUGUCAGACAGGAACCUGGAGGACGAGGACUCCAUAGACGGCGUCCGCUCCUCCUCGUCCUCCAGAGCCGCCUCGCUGGCCGGGAAGAAGGCGCACAGCAUGGCGUCGUUCAGAGGCUCCGCCUCCUCCUCCGCCGCCAAGUCAGCAGGGAGGGACGGGGCCGGAGCCGUGGACGAGGAGGACUUCAUCCUGGGGUUUGAGGACGUCCCCACUCUGCAGAUCUACUCCAAUAGGGAGGUGGAGGACGCCAUGGCGAAGGUCCGAGACGUGCUGUCUGACGAUAAGCGGGACUGGGAGCUCAGGGUGGCGGCUCUGAAGAAGGUGCGUUCGCUGCUCCUCGCCGGCGCCGCUGAGUUCGACGGCUUCCUGCAGCAGCUGCGUCUCACGGAGGCGGCGCUCAAGCUGUCGGUCAAGGACCUCCGCUCUCAGGUGGUGAGGGAGGCCUGCCUCACCCUGGGCCACCUGUCGGCGGUGCUCGGCAGCCGCUUCGACCACGGCGCCGAGGCCCUGAUGCCGACCCUCCUCAACCUGCUCCCCAACAGCGCCAAAGUGAUGUCCUCCUCGGGGGCGUCGGCCAUCCGCCUCAUCCUGCGACACACGCACUCGCCGCGCCUCCUCCCCGUCAUCAGCACCCACUGCGCCUCCAGAUCCGUGGCUGUCAGAAGGUCCGACACACAAACACGUUUAUUCACGUUUCUGGUUUCAUCUUGUUGUGUAAACAUUUAUUCCUGUGUGUAUUUAUUUAUUUAUUUAUAUUAUUUUGGCGCGGUCCUCCAGCCCGCAGCCGGAUCCCCCGGGCCCAGCAUGAGUCAGGGCUGCAGCCGGGAAACCAGCCGGGAGAGCAGCCGCGACCCCAGCCCCGCCCGGGGUUUCUCCCCCCUGGCAACGCGCCGCCACUCCCGCUCCACCAGCGCCCUGUCCUCUGCAGAGACCUGCUCAGACCGACUAUCCCAUCACUCUCGGAUUUCGGCCGCCGUGAACGCCAUGAAGAUCCUGGACACGGGCACCGAGGUGGAGGCCGCCGUGGCCGACGCUCUGCUCUUAGGAGACUCCAGGAGUAAGCACACCAUCCGGGCGCGCCUGCGAGUCCUGAAGGAGAUCCUGAGGAACCAGCCGGCGCGCUUCAAGAACUACGCCGAGCUGACGGUGAUGAAGACGCUGGAGGCGCACAAGGACCCGCACAAGGAGGUGGGCCCUGCUUGGAGGGGGCGCGGCCUCCACCCGGCGGCCUCCGUCCACCCGGAGCAGUGCAUCAAGGUCCUCUGCCCCAUCGUGCAGACGGCCGACUACCCCGUCAAACUGGCCGCCAUCAAGAUGCAGACCAGGGCCAUCGAACGCACCGCCAGGGAGCCGCCUGCAUCAGUGCUGUCCGACAUCAUCCCGGGGCUGCUGCAGGGCUACGACAACACGGAGAGCAGCGUGAGGAAGGCCAGCGUCUUCUGCCUGGUGGCCGUCUACUCGGUGAUCGGGGAGGAGCUGAAGCCUUACCUGGCCCAGCUGACCGGCAGCAAGAUGAAGCUGCUCAACCUCUACAUCAAGAGAGCUCAGACCUCCAGCAACAGCAGCAGCUCCUCCGACAUCUCCUCAUACUAGCUCCUCCUCCUCUCCUCCUCCCCACCCACCGUCACCUCGUUCCUGCAGAGCUCCUCCUCCAGAGCUCGGUCCUUCAUCUUGUUUGCGCCUCCGUCUUACGAGCCUUAAUACCUGCUGCAACU